UUCUCUCAAAAUGUUCAAAGAAAACGAAAAUGGUGUGGGUGGUUGCAAUGGUGCACCACCUCGUCCUCGGAGAUUAUUUCCCCGAUUUUCCCUGCGAAGAUUAUUGCAUUCCAGUCCGCUUAUUGGCCGACGUAUUGCAAGAACUCCUAGUGCAAGUAAUAGGAAUGCAAAAGCUAAAGAUCAUGCAAAUAGCAGAGCAACAGAUGUUGAGAAAGGAGAAGCCAGAGUAAGCAAUGGCUCGAGUCAUUUUCAAUUUCAUAAUAUAGACCUACAGCGUGCUCCUAGUAAAGGCUCUGUGCUUUCUUCUGCAGGAAAGAGUAAUGAAAAUGGAUUAAUGGACUGUCCAUUAUGUUUGGCCGAACUACCAGUAGAAUUUUUUCCUAUUAUUCAAUCUUGCCAUCAUCGUAGUUGCUACGAUUGCUUUCAACAAUAUCUAAAAAUGGAAAUCUCUGAAUCUAGAGUUAAUAUUGCUUGUCCUGAGUGUUCAGAACCGUUACACCCAAAUGAUAUUCGGAUGAUCUUGAAUGACCAAACGCAGUUAGAGAAAUACGAAGAUUUUAUGGUUCGAAGAGUACUCGCUAUAGAACCUGAUGCAAGAUGGUGCCCUGCUCCAGAUUGUAGUUUUGCUGUAAUUGCCAGUGGUUGCGCCUCAUGUCCAAAAUUACGUUGCGAGCGACCAGGCUGCGAUUCGUACUUUUGCUAUCAUUGUAAAGCACGAUGGCAUCCUAACCAAACGUGCGAUGCUGCUAGAGCGCAACGAUCUCAAUAUUAUGAGCGCAGCUCUUCUCUAAGUUUCAGUCAAACUGAUUCUCAACACAGAGACGAUAUAAAACCGUGUCCUAGAUGUCAAGUUCUGAUCGUCAAAAUGGACGAUGGAAGUUGCAACCACAUGACUUGUGCAGUUUGCGGUGCUGAGUUUUGUUGGCUUUGUAUGAAAGAGAUUAGUGAUCUUCAUUAUCUCAGUCCUUCUGGCUGCACUUUUUGGGGUAAAAAGCCAUGGUCUAGAAAGAAAAAGAUUCUUUGGCAACUUGGAACUUUGGUGGGAGCACCAAUUGGGAUUGGUCUCGUCGCCAGCAUAGCAUUUCCAGCAAUGAUUAUAGGUAUACCGGUAUGGGUAGGUCAAAAAUUGUAUACGAGAUAUGAGAAGGCCAACAAGCACAAGAGAAAUGCCUUUAUCGCAGGGGGAGUCACAGCAUCAGUCUUGGUAUCACCGGUACUAGCAGGAUUAGCUGUGGGUAUUGGUGUACCCAUUUUGCUGUUCUACGUCUACGGCGUGGUCCCAGUGUCCCUCUGCCGAAGCGGAGGCUGCGGCGUCUCCACGAGUGGCACUGGAGUGCGAUUUGAAUUUGACGAUGAGAAUGAGCUGAUGGGGGCUCUAGGCGUCCGUAAUGGUGGAGAUGCGGCAUCAAUAGACGUCGCAAGUCACCGUGGUGGCAACCCAUCGAUAGGUGAGGCCUCUCUUUCAUUGGGUAGCGGUAGUCAGUUAGAGAAAUUGGGUCGGGAAAAUGACCGUGAAAGCGCUAGCAAUGUAGCCCUUGCUGGUACGAGCCUCGCAGGAAGUAUAGCCUCUAGUGUGCUACCUGGAGGUCAAAGGUUGGAAGUCCAGGCUGACGUUACAUCUACUCAACGUUUCAGUUUAUGUAGUGAAACAGCUUCCGCAGCUACUAGUUUGUCUGAAAAGUCCGUAAACGCUUCUAUCGCUCUAGACGAUGGUGCGGCCUCCACGAGAGCUUUGGCAGGUUCCGUUCUUAACUUUAAGAUGGAUGGCAGUUCAAUCAGUGGUGGCAGAAGUACAGAAGGGGAACAGGCAGCUAGCUCUGCUAACGAUGGUCACAUGGACUCUGCUGGACAAGCUACUUCUUUGAGCUCCCUAGAAGAAGUGGCACCUGGUUUAGCAAAACGUAUUCGUCGUAAACUCACAUUUGACCGUCAAUGCAGCGAUUCUAGUAGUUGGACUAUGUGCGGGGAGGACGGCGGUUCGGAACGCGUACGAUUUGACGAUCAUGUCAGUGUAAUUGAAGCGGAUCAAGAGAGGAUAGUAGGAAAAUUGGAAGGUUGUGUAGUAAAUAAUCGCUCAGCGGGAGGGAGGAAGCGAAACAAGGAUUCAGAGAUAGAGAUGGAAGUUCAAAAGACAUCUAAGAAUUCGAACGGUGAAUUAAAUGCUGAGAGCCCUGUGGACGAUACUUCGCGGGAACGCGUCAACGUGGCCACUUUGAAAAAUGUAUUUUUUCACGCUUCAGCGGUAUCUACGGAUCGCGAGAAACGAUUGUCUGUUAUAGAGGAACCAAUGCCAAUCGUACCGCACAUUUCUGGUAAUCAGAUCUUCACGCCUCUACAUAACGAGUGUCAAAGCCCUACUAGUACGGACAAGAGCUUACAAUGCUAAGAAAAUUAAGACUGAAUGUUAUGGGCAUCAUGGUAUGCUUGUAUCUCUCGAAUCGAUAUAUGUAUAGAUACGUAUAUACAUAUUCUUGAGUGUGUAUGUAUGUAUUAAAUUACAUAACUAUAAUCCGUAAGUAUAAACACGAAAAUUGUACAUACCCACAUAUGCAACACGCAGUAUAGUUCAAAUAUUACAUGUGAGAGAAAAAAAACGUGGUAAAACAAUUUUACUGUGCAUUUGCGCUGUGAUUAUGCAUAUACUAAAAAUUUGUGAAUGUUACACACAUAUAAAAAAACAAACACUUGUGCU